AUGCUACCAUCCAUCAGGCGACAUCUCAAUUUUUAUCGGAUUCAUAUCUUAUUUUUGCAAGUUUUCAUCACCUUCACCCCUUUAAUAUUCUCUGCUAUAUUCUAUGCAAGUAAUGGACGCUACAAGAUCAGCUAUAUCGAUGCUUUGUUCAACUGUGUCAGCGCAAUGACGGUUUGCGGUCUGGCAACGCUCGAUCUGAGUAGUUUAACACCCUGGCAGCAAGUUAUAUUGUUUAUACAGAUGUGUCUUGGAAGCCCAGUUGUUGUUUCCUGGGUGAUGGUUUACAUUCGGAAGUACUAUUUUGAAAAGAAAUUCGAACAUCUAAUCGAAAGCGUCGCUGCCAGCAAGGAGGUUCCUGCCCCCAGUGUUUCAGAAGAGCGGAGUGCUAUUGUUCGUUGGUGCCGCUUGCUCGUCAGCUUGCUCAACAGCAGGAAAAAAGAGCAGCUUCCUAUGACGCGGCAGGAUAGCAGUGAAUCUUUUGGAGAGAAAGGGCGCAAAACUUCGAAGAAGCUUAGGACUGACAUGAUUAGGCGAAUGGACGAUGCGCCCAAGCUGGUGAAUCCUAGCGGAUGGAUCAGCGAGGGAGACAGCAUACCUAUUGCGCGUUUUGCAACUAUCAACUCUCAUCCUCAACCUUCUUCGCGAGGCCAGUUUCGCCCUUCCUUGACUGAUCACUCGAUUACAUGUAUGCGAUCUCAUUCCCCCAGAAUCAUGGCCCGCCGGUUGUCAGAUCCUGGUACUCCUUCUAGGCCAUCGUCACCGCAAGGACACUCCAGUAUGUUGUCUUCUUUGCUGUAUCUCAUGCUGUCUCUCACGUUAAGCGCAGCCUCGCUGCACAGGUUCGAUACGGUGGCACCGAAAAGCUCUAAGUUCCCUCGGACUCCCACCGUAGAAUUCAGCACUACCCUUCCCCGUCGUCGUGCACGUAUAGAGCCACUACACGAGGAAGAAGGUCUUGCACGGCCUACUGUAAGCCCCUUACAGCCCGAUGACCGCAGUAAGUUUUCUCAGAGCGUUCACGAUGAUAGCUCUCAUGAAAAUCCCAGGAUCCCUGCAGGCACCAAGCAUAGUGGCUUUGGAGGAUUUCCGAUGCCCCAUGAAAUAUUGCAAAAACUCUUCGACAAAUUUUUCCCAAAGCUAAGACACAAACUUACACGGACUAUUACUAUACCAAUUACAACUACCAUUGCCUCACAACGUGGGGGCAAUAUACCCCCUGGUGCCAAGGUGGUGCCGUAUAUCUCUUUCGAAGCCGUUGUCGGUAGAAAUUCUGCUUUUCCAUUGCUCUCCGACGAACAAUUGGAGGAACUCGGCGGUGUCGAAUAUCGCGCACUCAAUGCUUUGCUCUGGAUUGUUGGCGCUUAUCAUAUUGGCAUUCAGCUAGUGUCGUUUGUGGUCAUAGCAUCUUAUAUGUCUAUAUCAAAAUGGAACAGCGACUUUCUUCCACCCGCUCUACAUCGCCCUGUGUCUUCGACAUGGUUUUCCCUCUACCAAACUGUGUCAGCCUACACAAACACCGGCACCUCAUUGGUAGAUACUUCUAUGAUACCCUUCCAGAAAGCGUACCCAGUAAUUGUAUUUAUGGUUAUUCUUAUAUUGGCUGGAAAUACUGCGUUUUCAGUGUCACUUAGUAUCUACAUCAUCAGAUUCUUUCUGUCCAAAAUAGUUCCUCGGACUUCACGCCUCCAUGAAACCUUACAAUUCCUCUUAGACCAUCCCCGACGAUGUUUCAUCUACCUGUUUCCUUCACAUCAGACUUGGUUCCUGCUGAUAGUUGUGGUUGCACUCAACGUUACAGAUUGGCUUUCCUUCAUGGUGUUAGACAUUGGAACCCCAGCUAUCGAUGCUAUACCUGUCGGUGUGCGUCUCAUCAUAGGGGUCCUUCAAGCGGUAGCAGUCAGAGCUGCCGGUUUUGGUACUGUCACACUUUCAGCGCUCGCACCAGCCGUCAAGGUCUUAUAUGUGAUCAUGAUGUACAUCAGCGUUUGUAAUGUACGAUCGACCAACGUCUACGAAGAGCAAUCUCUCGGCGUAUAUCGAGAAUCGAUGAUUACGGAUGAAGAUCCUGACUUCCAGUUAUCCGGUCCCAGGAUGACUGUGUGGAGUAAAUAUCUUGCUAUGCACGCUAGGAAGCAACUUUCUUUCGAUAUGUGGUGGCUCGGUCUUGCUCUUUUCCUUGUUUGCAUCAUUGAAAGGCCAAACCUUGACGACACCAGCAAGGCGACAUGGUUCAACAUUUUCAAUAUCGUGUUUGAAUUGACAUCUGCCUAUGGGACGGUUGGUUUGAGUUUAGGGAUUCCUACAGCCAACUAUUCCUUUUCUGGCGCAUUCCGACCACUGUCCAAAUUGAUCGUCUGUUUGGUCAUGCUUCGUGGCCGCCACCGUGGCUUGCCCGUUGCAAUCGACCGAGCUGUCAUGUUACCCUCUGAGUAUCAGCGGCACGACGAGAUAAGUGCAGAGACAACUGGCCAGUAUAUCAACCGGAGUAGUCGUGUAUUUAGUGAAGAGUUCGCCAACAACCCGGAUGAGAUAAAUGAAGAUCAGCCUUAA